UCCCUUAGUCUUCGCAAGAUGGUGUCUGUAAAACCUAAUUUGUCUCUUGAUAGACCUCAAGCGCUACGAUUGUGAAGAGCUCUGUAGUUCAGACUAAAAUACCAGGUACGAUUGUGUUUGCUUUCUAUUUAACUCUCAAAUUUUCUGGUUUAUCACUAUGUUUGUUGUUUGUUACGUAUACUAUGUUCCAUAUUGGAAUGGGUGUAAGGUAAAUACAUGAAUGGUUCAUGAAAACUGUAGAUGGAGAAUGAUCCAAAUCUCACGGAUGAGAGUGCAGAUUAUGACACUUCCAAAAUUGAGGAUGGUUUAGAGGAGGAUGGGUCUAACUUGUUUAUGGAUGAGGUUAAUGAGGGUAAAGGUGACAGAAUGAAACAGAAGGAGAAUGAUGACUGGAAUGAGUCUGAGUAUGCAGACUCGGACUAUCUUGUCACUCCAGAGAAUUCAGAUGAUGAAGCUCCAACAAAGCCCAAAUUUCCUCAAUUCAAUCCCAAUGUGGAUCUUCAUGGAGAUAUUACAUUGGUGGUCGAACAGAUUUGUGCUGAUCAUGUGUUGUUUAGAAAAGCACUAGAGGAAUUCUCAAUCCAACAUGGUUUUGAUUACAUUUUCGUGAAGAAUGAUAAAUGGAGGGUAACAACAAUAUGUGCUAGGCAUUGUGGGUGGAGGAUUCAUGCAUCACCAACUCAAGACAGAGCUGCCUUCCAUGUCAAGAGUUUUAAUGCAGUACACAACUAUGGUAAGCAUGGUUUUAGCUCUAGGGUUGAUGCUAAGUGGUUGGCACAUAAGUAUUUGGACCAUUUGAGGGAUGCACCUGAUUGGGAUGUGGUUGCAUUUAAGAAGCAUGACUUCCCUGGUGUACAUCACAGAUUUUGUGUGAGGCACAUGUAUGUCAAUUUCAAGAAGAGAUGGAUUUUGAAGACAUUGAAGGAUUAUUUUUUUGUGGCUGCUGGUGCAAGAACUCGGGAAGAUUCAGUUAUUAGAUGGAGGAGAUCAAGAAGAUUGACAUCCAAGCUUUCCAUUGGAUAAACCAACAUGAUCCUAUUCUAUGGUCCAAGCAUGCUUUUAAUCCAAAUGUCAAGUGUGACAUCAGAGUAAACAACAUUACUGAAACAUUCAACAGUUGGAUCCUGAAAGCUAGGGACAAACCCAUUCUUGACAAUGAUGGAGAUGAUUAGGAGGAAGCUAAUGAAAAGGUUCCAAACAAAGAGAGAUGGAAUGAGUGAAAGCCAAAGUCAUAUUUGUCCAAGGAUUCAACUAAAGUUAGAGAAGGCCAGGUGGUACACUUUAUGAAGUUGAUCACUGUUAUGAUGGGAGGUUGGUUGUGGAUAUUGGGAUGACGAGAUGUGGGUGUGGUAAAUGGGACUUGACUGGUGUUCCAUGCUCAUGCAUGUGCCGCAAUUUUUCACAGACAACACUACCUUGAAGACUAUGAGCAUGACUACUUCAAAAGAAUAGCUUUUAUGGCUCCUUAUGAGCCAAUGAUAUAUCUUGUUCCUGGACCAGAAAAGUGGGAUAGAACUACAAGAGAUCCUAUCCAACCUCCAGUAUUUAGGCAACAACCAGGUAGGUCAAAGAAGGCAAGAAGGAGAGAUGCUGAUGAAGGACCAACAUCACAAGCUUAUAAGGUUACUAGAAGAGGUGGGAAACUAAGAUGUAACAAUUGCAAACAACUAGGUCAUAAUUCUAGGGGAAGCAAGACGCACAUGAGGGCUGAACAACAAAGGUAAAAAACAGGAAGUGGUACUUCAACCACUACUACAACUACAUCU